AUGCCAAUAGCAGAUACGAAGCAACAUGUAACAAUAGAAAAAACGCCACACUAUUUUGUCGACAAACGUACUCCAAAACGUCUUGCACGUUUACUACCUGAUGUGAAAUUAAUUUUAAUUCUACGUGAUCCAAUUAUUCGAGCAAUUAGUGAUUAUGUUCAAAUCAAAAAUCGACAUGAAUCCUACCCGACGUUUGAUAACUUCGUUUCGAUGGAGAAUUUCACUAAGUGGACACCGAUUCGAAUCGGCUGUUACGCCAUUUACCUUCGUCGAUGGUUAAAAUACUUCCCGCUAGAACAAAUUCAUUUUGUCGAUGGAGAAAAUCUCAUUCAUCGGCCAUGGGAAGAGUUAGAAUCUGUACAAAGAUUUCUCAAUGUAUCAAAUCACAUUCGCGAAGAAGAUUUCUACUUUAAUAUGGAAAAACGUGGCUUUCCUUGUAUCAGACAACCGAAUGGUUGUUUAGGUUCAUCGAAAGGUCGCCAACAUCCAACGAUUUCCGGGCAAACACGCGAGAAACUAAAACAUUUGUAUUCGAAUUGCAAUCUGCAACUGAAACAGCUAGCUCAGAUAGAUUUUCCUUGGCUUUAG